AUGAUCUGGGAAGACACUGCUGGCGCCGAAAAGGCUCGUCUCGAGGCCUCCAUUCCCCAAGAAUGGAGAGUCACCAUCCCCCAGGACGUCAAGUCGACCCUCUCUCUUCCCCAAGACACCAACGUACUCACGGAGGCGGAGCUCCGCAUCACCAACGCGUCCGCCACGGAGCUGGUAAAGCAGCUGGGCGCGGGCCAGCUCACCAGUGUCGCGGUGACGACUGCUUUCUGUAAGCGGGCGGCCCUGGCGCACCAAGCGGUGAAUUGCCUGCACGACUUCUUCCCAGACGCCGCGCUCGCUCGUGCCAAGGAGCUCGAUCAGUACCUCGCUGAACAUGGAAAGCCCGUCGGCCCACUGCAUGGUCUGCCCAUCUCGCUCAAGGACCAGCUGCGCGUCAAGGGCCGGCAGACACACAUGGGGUACACCGCGUGGAUCAACAAGGUGGACCAGGACUCGUCCGUCAUGGUCGACUUGCUCGAGCGCGCCGGUGCCGUCUUCUACACCAAGACGAGCGUGCCGCAGAGCCUGAUGGUCUGCGAGACCAUCAACAACGUCAAUGGGCGGACCGUGAACCCGCGCAACAAGGACUGGUCGUGCGGUGGCAGCUCGGGGGGCGAGGGGGCCAUUGUGGGCUUUCGCGGUGCCGUCCUUGGUAUCGGCACGGACAUUGGCGGUUCCAUCCGUGUGCCUGCGGCCUUCAACUUCCUGUACGGUCUGCGGCCCAGCCACGGGAGGCUGCCAUACGCCAAGAUGGCCAACAGUAUGGAGGGCCAGGAGACGAUCCACAGUGUCGUCGGCCCCCUUGGGCACACGGUGGCAGACUUGCGACUGUUUGUCGGGUCGGUCCUCUCGCAGCAGCCGUGGGCGUAUGAUCCCAAGGUGAUUCCCAUGCCCUGGCGCCAGAGCGAGGAAGAAGCGGCCAAGGCCAAGAUUGCCUCUGGACAGCUGACGUUGGGAUACUACGAGUGCGACGGGAAUGUUCUUCCUCACCCACCCAUUGUGCGUGGCGUCAAGACUGUUGUCAAUGCGCUGCAAGGGGCUGGCCACAAUGUUCUGCCCUGGGAGCCUUACGAGCAUCCAUAUGCCGUCGAUCUCGCAAACAAGGUCUACGCCUCUGAUGGCGGCGCGGACGUCUAUGGCGUUCUCAAAGAGUCGGGCGAGCCAGCCAUCCCCAAUUUCCAGGACCUUAUCAACCCGUCGCUCCCCAAGCUCGACCUCAACGAGGUCUGGGACGCGCAGCUGAAGAAGUGGCACUACCAGAUGGCGUAUCUGAAGGCCAUGGAGGCCUUUGAGAAGAAGCAUGGUCGGGAACUCGACGCGAUCAUCGCGCCCAUCACGCCGACGGCCGCUGUCCGCCACAACCAAUUCAAGUACUACGGAUACGCCACCGCGAUCAACGUGCUCGACUUUACCAGCGUCACGGUGCCCGUCACCUUUGCGGACAAGGGUUUGGACAAGGUGAAUGACACUUUCAGUCCCUUGACAAAGAUGGACGAGGCUGUCCAGGCGGAGUACGAUCCGGAAGCGUACCACGGUGCCCCUGUUGCAGUCCAGAUCAUCGGUAGACGCCUGACUGAGGAGAAGACGCUGGCCAUUGCGGAGGAGAUUGGGAGGUUGCUGGGGAACGAGGUGGCAAGCUGA